CUGAGAUCAGUUGAUUUCAAACAUGAAAAGUCUUCAGUUUUCUCUGUUUCUAGUCAUAUAUAUGACUUUAAUGGGAGUUCUUCCGGGCGAGGCAAGGAUUUGCUGGCCACCACCACUGCCACUCGAAGACUAUUUAGAAAUUUGGAAUUAUUCAAAAAAGUGUAAUACGCUUGGAAAUCAGGAUUGAGGGUGCUAAGAGGUUUUUGGACUGAGAAACUUAAAGGCAGCUUGAGCCUAAAGUUAAGACCUCUCUGUCUGCAUCACUCUUACAUAAGUUGAAUAUAAUGCGAGGUUUGAUUAAAUACAGAUUUCUGUCGGUUUAACAAUAAAAGCAAUUAAAAUUCA